AUGUCCCGACCGGUGCUCAACGCAAGCCGCUUGGCCCGCCGCGGUCUUGUCGGCGCUCUUCGAAGCUCCCGCCCAGCCGCCAGGAGCACGCCUUUCCUGACGCUCGGCCGCAUCGCCGGCUCGGCGCCGCUCCACACCCGAAAGUUCAUGUCAACAAGCUCAGCCAUGCAGAAGGGCAUCCUGCCGGACUCCGAGAACCCUCCCGCCAAGCAAGCGGAGGAUUCGCCAGUCACGGCCACUCCGGCUGAAAUUUCCGAGGGGGAGUACCAUCAGCUGGCCGAUGAGUAUCUCGAGACAAUCCUCAGCAAGUUCGAGGAGCUCCAAGAUGAGCGUGAGGAUGUGGAUGUUGAAUUCGCGGCUGGCGUGCUGACUCUCAGCUUCCCGUCCAUCGGAAUCUACGUCAUCAACAAGCAACCGCCCAACAAGCAGAUCUGGCUCUCCUCGCCCAAAACAGGACCCAAGAGGUACGACUGGGUCGUCCUGGGCGACGGGCAGCAUCAGAAGCAAGGCACGGCUUCGGGAGACUGGGUAUACCUCCGCGACAUGCAAACGCUGAACGACCUUUUCCUCGACGAGAUUGGAGUAGAUCUUAGCAUGCCUAUUCCACAUUACGGCGAGUGA